AUGAAGAUGAUGCUAGUCCUGAUCAGUUGUGUCUGCUCACUGUUGACUUCCGCUGCUGCGCGCGCACCGGAGACGACGUUUUUGGCAUAUGAACAGCUCAGGCGGGACGUGCUGAAUCGGACAACCGUUGUGAACCAGAUCCCUGCCGGGUUCAUGAACACAACAGGUCGCCCCUACCCGAUGUCCAUCGGGCUUUUACCCAUUGACGUCAUCGAAGUCGAUGACAUUAAGCAGUUUCUGACCGUUGUCGUCUACAUAAACCUGACCUGGGCCGAACCCACCUUGCAAUGGACACCAGCUGACCACGAGGACAUAGACACCUUGUACCUGCCCAGCAACCUCCUGUGGACGCCGGAAAUCACCGUCGCCAUCGGAGACACCCAGACCCUCAAUCUGGAACUGGACGACACGCUGAUAGUCAGCUCCAGUGGUACGGUAUCCUCCCAGCGCCAGCAGUACCUGACCUUCCGGUGUGAGAUCAACUUCCUUAAAUACCCCUUCGACUCACAGGCCUGCUACAUCGGGUUUUAUCCCAGUAAAACGCACCCCAGUCCGUACUUUACCAUCACGACACUCCCAUUGAACUUUAAGCGCCUGUACAAUGUGCCAGGAGAAUGGGAACUUGUCGACUACGGUCAUGAAAUGGUCGACACGAACUCAUCCCUCCCUCUCACCGUGUACCCUCGGUACAACUUCAUCCUACGGCGUCGGUAUCUCUACUACGUCAUCACCAUCAUCUUCCCCCUGGUACUGACCUCCCUCAUGAUACCCCUGGUCUUUCUCAUCCCGACCCGGACGGGGGAGAAAAUUUCAUACCUGGUGGCUAUUUUUACAUCGACGGCCAUCUUUCUCAACUUUAUCAGUGUGGUCAUGCCGAGAGGACUGACCUCUCUACCCUACCUGGCCGUUCUGCUGGUUGAGGUCAUGUUUGAAGGACUGGCCGCCAUUUUCGCUGCGCUGGCUGUGGUCACCAAGUUUGAUGAAGAGGAGCACCACUACAAAGAGAAGAAACUCACUAGCACGCUGCAAGCAGUGAAAGUAAGGAAAGUAGACGUCGCACCACUGGGACUUCCCAAAAAAACACCAGAUGAACACAACUCAGACAAAGUCACAACAAAAAACAAACGACCGACCCUCACAUCUAGACAACUGGAUCGGGUUUUCCUCUACGUGUUCUUUGGCGUGCAACUUGUGUUUUUAGCUUGCUUGUUUGGUUGCACAGGCUGGAUUUGA